UGCUCAGCGACAUCUUUGUAAAGUGAGCAAAAUGGCGGCGCGCGUCCUGUUCGUCCGCGGGCACCAGCUUGCUCUGGGCCAUGGUGCCCGGCGGUACCAUCUCUCUGCCCUGUGCAGACGAGCCAAAAUAGCCAUGAGCCGCUUUGAACCCCAGGAGUACAUUGAUUAUAAGUUACUGCAGAAGAACCUUGACACCAUUCGCAAAAGGCUGGACAAACCAUUGACUUUGUCAGAAAAGAUUGUGUACAGUCACCUCGAUGAUCCUGUUAACCAGGAGAUAGAACGUGGGAAGACUUACCUGCGCCUCCGACCUGACAGGGUGGCCAUGCAGGAUGCCACGGCUCAGAUGGCCAUGCUUCAGUUCAUCAGCAGUGGGUUGCCGAGAGUUGCAGUGCCAUCUACAAUUCAUUGUGAUCACUUAAUCGAAGCUCAGAUUGGCGGAGAUAAGGAUUUGGCCAGAGCCAAGGAAAUGAACAAAGAAGUUUAUGAUUUCUUGGCGACGUCAGCAGCGAAGUACGGAGUUGGCUUCUGGAAGCCCGGCUCUGGUAUCAUCCACCAGAUUAUUUUGGAGAACUAUGCCUACCCUGGUGUGCUGCUGAUUGGCACUGACUCCCAUACUCCUAAUGGAGGUGGUUUGGGUGGUGUGUGUGUUGGAGUUGGCGGAGCAGACGCAGUUGAUGUGAUGGCAGGGAUUCCUUGGGAGUUGAGGUGUCCAAAGGUCAUCGGAGUGAAGCUGACGGGGCAUCUGUCAGGCUGGACGUCGCCAAAAGAUGUCAUCUUGAAGGUUGCUGGCAUUUUGACAGUUAAAGGGGGAACCGGUGCAAUCGUAGAGUAUCAUGGACCAGGCGUGGAGUCUAUGUCCUGUACAGGUAUGGGCACUAUCUGUAAUAUGGGUGCUGAAAUCGGGGCAACCACUUCCAUUUUUCCCUAUAACCCCAGGAUGAAGGCAUACUUGGACAAGACCGGAAGAGAAGAGAUUGCUGUUCUUGCUGACAAUUUCCAAGACUUGCUGGUUCCUGACGAGGGUUGUGAAUAUGAUCAGCUGAUUGAAAUUAACCUCAGUGAGCUUAAGCCGCACAUUAAUGGACCUUUCACCCCUGACCUUGCACACCCAGUGUCCGAGAUCGGGGCAGCAGCAGAGAAGAAUGGAUGGCCUCUUGAUAUCCGCGUUGGUCUGAUCGGCAGCUGUACGAACAGCAGUUAUGAGGAUAUGGGCCGUUCAGCUGCUGUUGCACAACAGGCCCUUGAUCACGGCCUGAAGUGUAAGUCACAGUUCACUGUAACACCAGGCUCUGAGCAGAUACGUGCUACUAUUGAGAGAGACGGUUAUGCCAAAAUCCUGAGGGACUUCGGUGGACUCGUUCUGGCUAAUGCCUGUGGGCCCUGCAUUGGACAGUGGGACAGGAAGGACGUUAAGAAAGGUGAGAAGAACACCAUUGUGACUUCGUACAACAGAAACUUCACUGGGCGUAAUGAUGCCAACCCUGCCACCCAUGCCUUUGUCACAUCUCCUGAGAUUGUCACUGCCUUUGCUAUCGCUGGAACCUUGAAGUUUGACCCCGAGCGUGACACACUGGUAGGAGCUGAUGGGAAGAAGUUCAAACUGAAUCCUCCGAAUGCUGACGAACUGCCCAGCAAGGGCUUUGAUCCCGGUGAGGAUACAUACCAGUACCCACCAAAGGAUUCCAAGGACAUCUCUGUAGUUGUGAGCCCAGAAAGUAAUCGGCUGCAGUUGCUGGAGCCAUUUGAUCGGUGGAACAACAAGGACCUGGUGGAAUUGCGGGUGCUCAUCAAGGUGAAAGGCAAGUGUACCACCGAUCACAUAUCUGCUGCUGGGCCUUGGCUGAAGUUCCGUGGGCACCUUGACAACAUUUCAAAUAACUUGCUCAUCGGAGCUGUUAACAUAGAGAAUAACAAAGUCAAUGAGGUCAAAAACUACCUCACCAACCAGUAUGGGCCUGUGCCAGAAACGGCUCGUGCUUACAAGAAACAAGGGGUCAGCUGGGUGGUGGUUGGUGAUGAGAACUACGGUGAGGGCUCCAGCAGAGAACAUGCUGCCCUGGAACCUCGGCAUCUCGGAGGUCGAGCCAUCAUCGUCAAGAGCUUUGCUCGGAUUCACGAAACUAACCUGAAGAAACAAGGCUUGCUGCCUCUGACCUUCAGUGAUCCUGCUGAUUAUGACAAAGUGCAACCGGACGAUCAAGUCUCCAUCAUCGGGCUGAAGGAAUUUGCCCCUGGAAAGCCUCUCACUUGUAUCCUUAAGCACAAGGACGGCAGCCAGGACAAAAUAAUGCUCAACCACACCUUCAACGAGGGCCAGAUUGAAUGGUUCCGAGCCGGCAGCGCGCUCAACAGGAUGAAGGAGUUGCAGAAGUAAAGCCGCCUGUUCCCACCAGGGUAGGGAAAAGGGAGACUAUGUGCCCAAGGACUCGGUUGUACUUGUGUCGCUAUGCUCAGCCUUUAUUGCUGCUUUUUGCAGCAGUGAUACACACCAUGAUGUUCAGCAGCUGUGCACGGUCCAGUCUGACACUCAGACACCACACUCUGACAAUCCCAAGCCAGCCUGUGUUAACCAUCAGUUUUAAAAUAUAACUUGUUCAUUUGUCUCCUACUGCGCUGUGAAGUCAAUGGAGCCUGAUUUCUGUUGUCCUCUUAGAUGGUAUUUAUUUUUUAUUUUCUGUACAUUGUAUUUGCCAGGAGAAGCCAAGCUAAUGAGUUUGCUUCCUUUUGAAUGUUUCAAGGUGUCACCGAAUCACGUUAACAUUCAGUUCCCUGUGGGUUUCAACGAAAAGACUGACCUAAUAAAAUUAGAAAACUGAAA